CCCUCUUCGCAUCUCAUUCUCAUAGCUGUUUCUUCCUCCUCAAUUUCCACAAUUGAAAUUCUUCGAGCUCUGCAAGGAAAGGAAAGGAACGGAGAAUGCUGAUUUAUGAUCCUUGAGUGCAUCUUCUCUAGAUCGAUUUUGGUUCUUCCUUCAGAUUUUGAUGCAUUGUGGUUCUUACUCUAUAAUGUGUUGGUUUUCCGGCUUCAAUCCGUCCAUGUUCUGUGUCGGUAUUGCUAAAGUUGAAGUUUUGGAGAGUUUUUUUCUCAGGUUUCAUGUUAAUGUAGAACAGUUUGGUAGUCUUUGAACUUUUUCUCUCUCCCUGAAAUGAAGAAUAUCUGUUGAGGAUUUUGAUUCGAGUUAGGAAUUGUUAGGGGAUUUGUUUAUAAAUGGUCGUUUAGGUUUGUCAACGUCCUGAUCUCAGCUACUCUUUGGAUUUUGUUUGCUUCUGUUCGUGGAAAAUAAAAUUCCAUUCUCCGGGGUUGAGUCCUGUGGUUGAGCCCUAGGUGGUUUAGGUUGUGGGGAGAUCAUAUUGGUUCUAGUUAGAUCUGUGUAGCGACGACAAUGUCCUGUUAUCUUUGUGCCUAGUGUUAUUAUUUUCCAAAAUGUUGCGUAUAAUAUUAGUACAUUGAUCAUUGAUCAAAGAUAUUCGUUUGCAAAUUGGUACUGCUGCUUGGAAGAUUUCUAGGAAUUAUUUCUUCAGUUUCUGCACCAUUACGUUCAUGGUUUACAAGGAUUAUGGCAUCGGGCUCCAAAUCCUCCCCACCAUUGACUACGGACGAAAAUCUGGGAAGCAAAGAGCCUUCCAUUUGUGGUGGCAAUGAAGAUCCUGAAUCAUCAGAGACAAUGAAGGAAGGGAGAGAUCGGAAACCCCCUCGACAUCUCUCAGUUAUUCGCCAUUCUGCGAGCACUGCUCGCCUGGGCUUCGAUUUGGGGACUCUUGCCUUGAUGUCUCCUCCAGAAUGUCAAUCUGGUUUCUUACCUCUGUUCCGAUCAGGAAGUUGCUCAGAGAUCGGGCCGAAGACAAGAAUGGAGGAUGAAUACAUCUGCAUUGAUAAUUUAGUUAGCUAUCUUGGGUCUCCUACCAAUUUCCCAUCCCCUGGUGCUUUUUAUGGGGUUUUUGACGGGCAUGGUGGUACUGAUGCUGCAUGUUUUGUUAAAAAUAAUAUCCUUAAAUACAUAAUCAAUGACGAUCAUUUCCCUGUUAGCGUGGAUAAGGCAUUAAAGAGUGCAUUCAUUAGAGCUGAUUAUGCACUGGCUGACUCCCCUUCACUGGAUCGCUCAUCUGGGACUACAGCACUUGCUGCUCUAAUAUUUGGAAGGUCACUGCUCAUCGCUAAUGCAGGUGACUGCCGAGCUGUAUUAAGCAAGCGUGGUCGAGCAAUUGAACUUUCAAGAGACCAUAAACCUAAUUGCAAAAUCGAACAAGUGAGAAUUGAGAAGUUAGGUGGCAGUGUUUUUGAUGGGUAUCUCAAUGGCCAAUUAUCUGUUUCAAGGGCUCUUGGUGACUGGCACAUGAAGGGGCUCAAAGGUUCUUCCUACCCGCUAAUUGCCGAGCCAGAGUUGCAGGACACGAUCCUAACAGAAGAAGAUGAGUUUUUAAUCAUAGGAUGUGAUGGCCUUUGGGAUGUCAUGAGCAGCCAGUGCGCAGUCACUAUAACGAGAAACCAGCUUACGGAACACAAUGAUCCAGAGAAAUGCUCUAAAGAGCUUGUGCGUGAAGCGCUCAAGCGGAACACCUGCGACAACCUUACUGUUGUGGUCGUUUGCUUUUCACCAGAUCCUCCCCCGCGCAUCGAGAUCCCACGAGCACGAGUCCGUAGGAGUAUUUCAUUAGAAGGGUUGCAUGUCCUGAAGGGAGCUCUGGACAGCAACAUUUGAUGUUCAACUUCAAAUUCUCUCCAUUUAGAACCUCCCAAGACUGGAGAGGUUCAACAUUUUUGGCAUCCUUGGCAAAAUAAAUCAUGUCGGCUCUUGUAUGUAUGUUCAAUGAGGUUGUAGGUAAAUUUUGUAGACUCGAAACAUAAUUCAUCAUGAUGUAAACCCGAUACAGCUGGUAAUAUAUCAAUCGGUAAAUAGUCUUUACUGAUUAUGAAGA